AUGAAAGAUUGUAAGUGGAAAGAUUGUAAUGAAAAAGUAAAUGAUUUACAUAAACAUCUAUUAGAACACAUAUCAACAGUAAAAGAAAUGAAAUGUAAAUGGAUAGACUGUAAAUUUUAUGAUUAUAAACUGUUAAAUAAGAGUGAUUUAAAUAAUCACAUAAGAUUGCAUACAGGAGAGUUAACAUUAUUGUGUAAUGUAUGUGGAAGAGGAUUUAUAAAAGAAGAUUUAAUGAAACAACAUUUAAUAAAACAUAAAAUAGAUACAGAAACAAAUGCAAAUAUUUCUAAUGAAUUAUUUAGUUUGUGUGAGAAUAGAGAAUGUGAAUUAAUAGAAUUAGAAGAAGCAUUUAAAGAAAGACAAUAUCAAAUGAAUUUAAUAAGAGUUUUAAAAGAUGAAUUUAUAAGAGAUAAAAGUAAAGACACAAAAUUUUAA